UUGACGCUAAAGCUAAACAAAUCACUCAAUAUGCAGGCAUUGGGCAAAGUACAAAUUGCUAGAGUUAGCGCAAAGCUAAUGCCGCUGAUUAAUCAGAGCUGGAUGCGCCAGCAGAAGUGCAUGCCGUACAUGGAGAAGGGUCCGGCCAAGAAGGGAUAUUCACCGUUUGGCAGAAAGCAGAAUUCUUGGGCUGAAUGGACCUGUGCCCGCUUGGACGAUGUGCUCAACUGGGGACGAAAGGGUUCGGUGUGGCCCAUGACUUUUGGCCUGGCCUGUUGUGCGGUGGAAAUGAUGCACAUUGCUGCGCCACGCUACGACAUGGAUCGCUAUGGCGUCGUCUUUCGUGCCUCGCCACGUCAAACGGACUGCAUCAUUGUCGCCGGCACACUGACCAACAAAAUGGCCCCAGCUCUGCGCAAGGUCUAUGACCAAAUGCCGGAGCCACGUUGGGUCAUCUCGAUGGGCAGUUGUGCCAAUGGCGGCGGCUACUAUCACUACUCCUAUUCGGUGGUGCGCGGCUGUGAUCGCAUAAUACCAGUCGAUAUCUAUGUUCCCGGUUGUCCACCCACAGCCGAGGCUCUCAUGUAUGGCAUUCUCCAGUUGCAGAAGAAAGUCAAGCGCAUGAAAACAAUUCAAAUGUGGUAUAGAAAAUGAAAAUAAAUAGAAUGUGAAUGAAUCGAAUGUAAAAGCCAAUUUAAGAGAAUCUUUAAUUGCUUCUCUUAAAAAAUGCUUGCAAAAUAGCCAGAAAUA